CAUGACACAGAUGGACUACAAAUACAGCCUGCUGGGCUCCUCUGUGGACGACUACCGCAAGAGGCCGCUCAUCCUGCAGGUGGACGACACACCAAUGAACCUGUUUGCGGUCCUGGAGGUGAAACGGGAGCUGCCGAGACGUUGGAACACCUUGGGUUGCUUUCGUAAAAUCCGGCUCUACAGCUUCCUGUUUGGUCUGGCUGUAAUGUUCCUCAUCAUGGCUUCGUACAUCCUGACAGGAGACAAGAAGGGUCUCCUCCUCACGCCUUCCCCUUACCACUUCAGCAGCCUGGUCAGCCCUGGACCUUUUGCCUUUAAUCUCUCCUCAGUCAAAGACUACACACAUAUCAAACUGGUGGUCAAGUCAAUCACAUCCAAGGUUGAGUUUCGUAGCAGGCGUCAGCUCCCAGAGCUCAAGACGCUGGUAAACAGUGAGCAACAUAUGUUUUCCGUUAUCCCCAGCAAAUUCCUUCCUGCCAUCAAGAACCCAUGCUGGUAUGAGGAAUACACUGGGAAUAUCACUUUGGACCCUUACAGGACAAACUUGUACGCACACUACUCGAGGCGCUUCCGGACUGUGUUUCAGCACUUGAGGAACACUUUUCGGGAACACUUGUACCACCGCGAUGGGAAACUCUACCGCAUGCGGUGCCUUCCGUAUUUCUAUAUCAUUGGCCAGCCAAAGUGUGGCACCACGGACCUGUACGACAGACUGAGGCUUCACCCUGACGUCAAGUUCACCACUUUCAAAGAGCCACAUUGGUGGACGCGAAAGAGGUUUGGUAUCAUCCGUCUGAGCGAGGGCUUUCAUGAUCGAUACCCAGUUGAGGACUACCUGGACUUGUUCGAUCAGGCUGCUUAUCAAAUCCAGGGCAACCUCACAGCAAACACCAGUGGAAGCCCCAGCCAGCCUAACAUCAUCAUAGGAGAAGCCAGUGCGUCCACCAUGUGGGAUAACAACGCUUGGGUGUAUUUCUAUGACAACACUACAGAUGGCGAGCCUCCCUUCCUUAUCCAGGACUUCGUCCAUGCCCUGCAGCCUGAUGCCCGUUUCAUUGUCAUGCUCAGGGACCCCGUGGAGAGGCUAUACUCCGACUACCUUUACUUCGGUAUUGCCAAUAAGUCUGCAGAGGAUUUCCACGAGAAGGUGGCGGAGUCGCUGCAGUUAUUUGAGGGUUGCCUUACGGAGUACACAAUGCGCUCCUGUGUGUACAACACUACCGUCAACAAUGCAAUGCCAGUCAGAUUGCAGGUUGGCCUUUACAUUGUGUACCUAAUAGACUGGCUGACCGCCUUCAGCAGGGAACAGAUUCUGGUCCUUCGCUUGGAAGACCACGCCUCCAACAGGAAAUACACAAUGCACAGAGUCUUUGAUUUUCUCAACCUGGGGCCGCUGACAAAAGAAAUAGAGUCAGAGAUCACAAGAAGUCCAGCAUCAAACACCAGGAGGCCGGCAGACAAAAAUCUGGGACCCAUGCUGCCAAUCACUAAAGAGAUCCUGCGGGACUUCUACACGCCGUUCAAUGAGAAAUUGGCCAAAGUGCUGCACAAUGACUCUUUCCUCUGGGACUCUCAACUCUGAAAAACCCUCCUCCCCUUAACUUCAGUAGAAAGAAACCACUGAUGUGUCAGUCAGCCCCUUCCUUUGAGUUUCAUCUCUCUCAAGUGCCCAUGAAAAUCAACGUUUUUUAUUUAAAUUAUUUUUUAAGUUAUAAAAGCAGAGGUGAAAUCAAAGACAGAAAAUAGCACAAGAGAGAGUGGAUUUGUGAUCUGUGUGUGUGUGCGUGUAGUUUGUCCGAGUGAAAGAGAGAAUGCAUUGUUGGAAAAUCUUGAUUGUUCUUUUUCCUUUGUGAACAGAUGUAAAAUAUUAAAUAGUGAAUUUAAAGAUAUUAAAAA